GCAGAGGGGAGAGCAGCCUGAACUGAGCAUCGCACGUCAGAACAGGCGGAAUACUGCACCUCGCACUUCAAAGGGAAACCUGCUAACAUCUCAGGGAUGCUGUGAUUGGUGCAUAAGGAGUGUGAGGUCACUGUGGAUGCUCUGGAUUGGACAGGCCAUGCUGUGGACCGGGUGCCUCUGCCUCCUGAUGGUGUCUCUUUGCGGGGGGGGCCCCGCUGAAGGGGGCCACCAGGUCCCGCAACAAGCUGCUGCUCAUCUCCUUCGACGGAUUCCGGUGGGACUACGACCGAGACGUGGACACCCCCAACCUGGACGCCAUGGCGCGGGACGGCGUGAAGGCGGCUUACGUGACUCCGCCCUUCAUCACCAUCACCAGCCCCACACACUUCACCUUGCUCACAGGGCGAUACGUAGAGAACCACGGCGUGAUCCACAACAUGUGGUUCAACACCAGCAGCCAGGAGAAGAAGCCGUACUACAUGACCCAGUUUGUGAAUGAGUGGUGGGACAACGGCAGCCUCCCCAUCUGGAUCACAGCUCAGAGACAGGGUCUGAAGGCCGGCUCCCUGCACUUCCCCGGCACCGCCUCCAGCUACGAGGGCGAGCGGGCGCUGGUGGCCGAGGUGGAGCCGCGGUUCUACAACUACGCCAACGAGACGGCCUGGCGGGAGAACGUGGACAAGGUGAUGGGGGCGUGGUUCGGCGGGCGGGACCUGGACUUCGUGUCCAUGUACUUCGGGGAGCCGGACGGCACGGGGCACCGGCACGGCCCCGACUCGCCGCAGCGGCGCGCCAUGGUGCGCCAGGUGGACCGCACCGUGGGCUACAUCCGCGCCGCCGCCCGCCGCCACGGCCUGGCCGAGCGCCUGGACCUCAUCAUCACCGCCGACCACGGCAUGCGGGCCGUGCUGCGCGACGGGCUGGUGCAGGAGAUCGUCCUGUCCCGCAUCCCCGGCUUCUCCUUCCAGGACCUGUCCUUCCACCUGGUGGACUUCGGGCCCGUGGGCAUGCUGCUGCCCAAGGAGGGCCGGCUGGAGAAGGUGUACAGCGCCCUGCAGGGGGGGCACCCCCACCUGCACGUCUACAAGCGGGAGGACAUGCCCAGCCGCCUCCACUACGCCAAAAACGCCCGCAUCCUGCCCCUCCUCCUCAUCGCCGACCCCGGAUACGUCAUCAACGGGUUUGCCACCCUGCAGUUCAACAAGGGCGAGCACGGGUUCGACAACGAGGACAUGGACAUGAAGCCCUUCUUUCGGGCCGUGGGGCCGUCCUUCCGCCGGAACCUGGAGGUGGGGCCCUUUGAGACGGUCAACGUGUACCCGCUCAUGUGCCACCUGCUGGGCAUCCAGCCCGAGCCCAACGACGGAACCCUGGACGCCACCCGCCACAUGCUGGCAUCCUACCAGCCCCCCCCCAGCCCACCUGCAGGCGCAGGGGAGAGCGCCGUCCUGCCCAGCGUGGUCACGGGGCUGCUCGCUGUGCUCGGGUUUCUGGCCAUCGUGUUCGUGGCGACGGUGUCUCACUCGGCCUGCCGGAGGAGGAGAGCCAGUCAGAGCGUGCAGCAAAAAAAGAUGGCCUUUGAAGAAAAAGAACUGGACACAAAACAGACAGCCAUGUGAAGGACAGAGGAACGGGCAGAUUCUCAGAAGGACAUCCCAAAAUGAGCCGGAGGAUUUCACAGCGAGCGGCAACACGAACAUCCCAUAAACCUCACGAACACCUCCUGACCUCGACACUACUGCCCUUUGCCUUUUCAGACACUCUUUACCCAAGAGGGUUAUUUUAUGCUUCAUUAUGUUGUAUUCUUAUUCAGUUUAGACGUACAUGUUGCUGGAGAUUCCUACUAUGAGAAAUUAGUAUUUGUAAGAAUUUAGAAAAUCUAAUUAUUACAAAGCAUUUAAAUUAGGUUCAGGGAGAUGGCUCUUUUAAAAAUAAAUGCCUUACAACCUUUUGUCAGCCUCCAAUUAAAAAACUAAUCAAAAGAAAUAUUCAAAAACCUACCUGAAAAAAUGAGAAUUUCCUCUCCAAUUAACUGGCACACCUGUGCUUAUGGUUUACAUUUAAGGAAUUUAAGUUCUCCAUCAGUGUAUAGUACCAUUUACUUUAUGAUAGCAGCACUUUUUAAUCUUUAGUGCCAUCUUUAGUGUAAAAAUAUUGAGUAUUCAUAUUUUAUUAAAUAAACAUUUGCUUCAUUGCCCAGAGGCAAUGGUGCGGAGUGGGAGUGUUGCUUGAUUGAAAUUAUUAUCUAGCCCACUGUUCUCCAUAUUUUCUUUACAAAAAAUUUUGUACGUUGUUUGUAUACAAAUGUAAUUCAUGAGUUUGUCCUCUCUAAUGUGCAACGCCUGUAUUUUACAUCCAAAAUACCAAAUCUAUUUUUUGUAUGCCAAGACAAUGUUUUUUUUUUUUUUUUUUGGAGAUGCCAGACAUACAUAUUUUUUUAUAGGGACUCUGUAAAAAGUUAUAUACAAAUAAAAUGUAAUU